CUCACUCACACACACACACACACUCACGGAGGACAGGAACAACAACGCUGCUCCUUCAUUUUACUGUUUCUUCACUUCCUUCUUCUCUGUGACGUCACCCCCUGCUGUCCAGGUGUGACAGGUGUGUCCCUCCUCGUCGCCAUGGAGACUCUGGAGAAGCAGCUCAUCUGUCCCAUCUGUUUGGAGAUGUUCACCAAACCAGUGGUCAUUCUGCCGUGUCAGCACAACCUGUGCCGCAAGUGUGCCAACGACAUCUUCCAGGCAUCCAAUCCCUACCUGUCGACCAGGAGUAGCUCCACAGUGACAUCUGGUGGUCGUUUUCGCUGCCCGUCCUGUCGACAUGAGGUGGUCCUGGACCGACACGGUGUUUAUGGUCUGCAGCGCAACCUGCUGGUGGAGAAUAUAAUAGACAUGUACAAGCAGGGCAGCACCAGCAGUAAAGCGUCUCCUCAGGUGAAGGUGGAGCAGCCCAUGUGUGAAGAACAUGAGGAGAAGAUCAACAUCUACUGUGUGACCUGCAGCGCCCCCACCUGUUCACUGUGUAAAGUGUUUGGAGCUCACAAAGACUGUGAAGUGGCACCACUCAACACUGUGUUCACCAAACAGAAGGCUGAGCUGACUGACUGUAUUUCGAUGCUUGUUGGAAACAAUGAGAGGAUUCAGGCGAUCAUCAGUCAUCUGGAGGAAACCUGCAGAACUGUCAACGAGAACGGCAGCAGACAGAAGUCAAAGUUGUGUGAGACGUUUGAUCACCUGUUCGCUGUCCUGGAGGAGAAGAAAGGUGAGAUGACUAUGAAGAUCAGCUCUGAGCAGGAAGAGAAGCUGGACUACAUCCGCGGCCUGAGGAGGAAAUACAACGAGCACCUGGAGAACACGGCCAAGCUGCUGGAGACGUCCAUCCAGACCAUGGACGAGACUGAAAUGGCUGUGUUCCUGCAGACGAGCAAACCUCUGCUGCACAAGAUCGAGGAGGGAACCAACACAUCACAGCUAGAUAAACUCCAGCGCGGCUACGAGAAGAUGGAUCACUUCACAACAAACUUUGAUCGUCAGAGACGAGCGCUGAGCGACAUCGACUUUGUCAAAGCAGAUGAAGAUGGUGAUGAUGAUGAAGAGGAGGUGGAGCCCAGAGUGACAUCAGCAGGAAGUAGAUCGGAGUCACAGCAGCAAGUUGCAGCCAAUCAACCACCUCCUGUGCUAGCUGCUCAGGUCUCAGCCCCGCCCCCACAGAGAACCUCAGAGAUGGCAUCACAUACAAAAAGCCCCGCCCCAUCACCACUCAGCCAGGUCCCACCCCCUCUGCCCAUUGUCACUGCCAGCCCUGCUCCCUCACCACUCAGCCAGGUCCCGCCCCCUGUCACUGCCAGCCCCGCCCCCCAGGUUCAGUCUGAUCAGCAGAGUGAGUUAGACGACAGAGACGGACCCAGACACGUCUUCUCCUUCAGCUGGCUCAACCAGAAGUGAAACCAGGACUGGACGAGUCCAACAGAACCUCAGUCAGAGUCGACUCUGUUUUAAUUCCACUUUAUUUAAAAACAUCAACACGGUGUUUUCUUCUUUUUCCCUUUGUUGAAGUGAAAGAAAAAACUUUCACUUUUUAAUGUCUCAAAUAAAUGUUUUUCACCAGACUCCAUGUAAAAAUGGUA